AUGGCGUUGAUCACGUCGUUUGUGUCCGUCGCUAUAUCUAUACUGUACACGCCGUUCUUACUUUUAAUAUUGUGCAUAAUAUUCCUCGCAUCAAUUGGGAAAUCUUUGGGCGUCAGAAGGCUUUAUGUGAACAUCUUGCUGAAACUAUUUGAGUAUGGCAGACAACACAUCGAAGUGGCGGAGAAGAUUGCUCGCAAAGACAGCUCCGACGAGGAGGAUGAGGACCCCCCUGUACCUGACGACAAACCUCCUUCGGCCAUCAUCAAGGAGAACGGCAGUAUUAAUGGCACGAAGAUGACUGUGAUAGAACGGCACGAGAUCCUCGGUCCAUCGCCAGAGUUGAACUAUAAGAGGAGUUCAAGCCAGGAGAGAGUUCAAAACGGACAUAGAACUGAUCAAGCUAAGGGCGAAAACAAGGUCGACUUCCACCUAUCACAUUGUCUGGACCUCGUCAAAGCUGGAAUGGAGUCCAUCAUCGAGGAUCAAGUGACCUCCGUGUUCGAAGCCGAAGAGCUAAGAAGUUGGAACUUGCUCACCAGGACUAACAGACAGUACGAGUUCCUGACGUGGCGAUUAACGAUCAUAUGGGCAAUGGGCUUCGUGGUGAGGUACCUGUUCCUGCUGCCGCUCAGGAUUAUGAUAUUUAUCAUUGGGGUAUUCGUUAUGAUAAUGAGCACUUGGAUAGUGAGCAUGAUCCCUCACGACGGGCUCCGGGGCCGUAUCGGGCGCAUCUCGUACGUGAUGUCGCUCCGCAUUCUCGUCCGGAGCAUAUCCCUCGUCGCCACGUUCCACGACGAGCAGUACUCCCCCAAGGGCAACGGUUUCUGCGUCGCCAACCACACGAGCGUCAUAGACGUCGCCAUUCUGAGCAGCAACAACUGUUUCUCAUUGGUGUGGUGGCUGAUAACGUGUACCGCAUGUGUGGGGACCCUUCCCGAUGGGAAGAUGAAGCAGAGGGUUAACUACGCUGUGUCCUUGAUGUGUUUCAACUUCUUGUCAAGAUGCAUAUCAGCUGUUAUUACGUACCACGACACGCACAAUAAGCCGACCCGCGGGAUAUGUGUCGCCAAUCACACGAGCCCCAUUGACGCCCAUGUGUUGAUGUGUGACAACUGCUAUUCGUUGAUAGGCCAGAGGCACGGUGGUUUCCUCGGCCUACUGCAGCGGGCUCUCGCCAGGGCUUCGCCCCACAUCUGGUUUGAACGUUCAGAGGUCAAGGAUCGUCACGCCGUCGCCAGAAGAUUAAAAGAGCACAUAUCAGUAGAAGACAACCCUCCCAUCUUGAUCUUCCCGGAAGGCACCUGUAUCAACAACACGUCCGUGAUGCAGUUCAAGAAGGGGAGCUUCGAAGUAGGCGGCACCAUCUUCCCCGUCGCCAUCAAAUACGACCCUAGAUUUGGCGAAGCGUUCUGGAACAGUUCCCGGUUCGGCAUGCUGCACUACUUGCUGAACAUGAUGACGUCAUGGGCCAUCGUGUGCGACGUGUGGUACCUGCCGGCCAUGACCAGGGCCCCGGGAGAGUCCGCCGUUGACUUCGCCAACAGGGUCAAGGCCGUCAUCGCCAGGAGAGGAGGACUCGUCGACCUGCAAUGGGACGGACAACUGAAACGAAUGAAAGCCAAAAAAGAAUGGAGAGAGCUACAACAAGAAGAGAUAAGCAAAAGAAUAAAAAGUGAAUAA